AUUAUAGGCCUCUUGACCAUACUACAAAUAGCUUACCGUUAUUUUGUAAAUUAUUAAUACAUAUAAAAAACACUAGAUUGUUUCUUCACUUUAAAAACUUAGAGAAAAAUAAUCAUACACACACGCACACAAUGGAAGCAAUUGUGGGUGAUUUUGAAGGAGAAUUGAAUGAGUUGAGGGAGGUUUUCAAGAGUGGAAAGACAAGAGAUAUAUCAUGGAGGAGGUCACAACUACAUGGGAUCCUUUCUCUCCUUAAAGAAAGAGAAGGUGACAUUUUCAAGGCUCUUAACCAAGAUUUGGGCAAACAUCAUGUUGAAGCAUAUAGAGAUGAGAUUGGAACAGUUGCCAAAUCUGCAAAACAUGCACUUGGGAACUUAAAGAAAUGGACGUCUAGCAAAAGGGCUAAAUUGCCAUUAUCUACAUUUCCAGGCAGAGCAAAGUUGGUUCCGGAACCCCUUGGUGUCGUUCUCAUUCUAUCAUCUUGGAAUUUUCCAUUUGGUUUAUCAUUUGAACCAAUAAUCGGAGCGAUAGCAGCAGGAAAUGCAAUAAUCUUAAAGCCUUCGGAGCUAGCUCCAACGUGUUCCUCAGUUCUUGCCAACAUUAUCCGUGAUUACCUUGAUAACUCUGCUAUCAAGGUUGUCGAAGGCGGACCUUAUGUUGGAGAAAAACUUCUCCAGCAUAGAUUCGACAAAAUUUUCUACACAGGUGGUCCAAGAGUUGGCCAAAGUGUAAUGACAGCGGCUGCCAAAAACCUAACUCCUGUGACUCUAGAGCUCGGUGGCAAAUGCCCUGCCGUGGUUGAUUUCUUAUCUAGUUCUUGGGAUAAAAAGAUCGCGGUAAAAAGAAUUAUAUGGGGUAAAUUCGGAGCUUGUGGUGGACAAGCUUGCAUUGCAGUGGAUUACAUACUCACUCAGAAGAAAUUUGCACCAAUUCUAGUGGAACUACUGAAAAAAUACAUCAAGAGAUCAUAUGGAGACAACCCAAUGGAGUCUAAUAGCCUUGCCAAGAUAAUAAACAAGAAACAUUUUUCAAGACUAAAAGAGCUUCUAGACGAACCUCAUGUCAAAUCUUCUAUAGUUUACGGCGGUUCAUCAAACGAAAAUGAUCUAUACAUUGAGCCGACAAUUUUGGUUGAUCCUCCACUUGACUCGGAGAUUAUGACAGAAGAGAUUUUUGGUCCAUUACUUCCAAUUAUCACAUUAGAGAAAAUUGAAGACAGUAUUGAGUUCAUAAGGGCUAGGCCAAAACCACUUGCUAUUUAUGGCUUCACAAAUAAUGAAAAACUUCAGAAAAAGAUGAUUAAUGAAACCUCAUCUGGAAGCAUUACAUUUAACGAUGCUAUUAUUCAAUAUGUAGCGGAUACAUUGCCGUUUGGAGGAGUUGGCGGAAGCGGGUUUGGAAGCUACCAUGGGAAGUUCUCGUUCGAAAAUUUUAGUCAUCAGAAGGCGGUCAUGGUGAGGGGAUAUCUUAUUGAUUUCGGGUUCAGAUAUCCUCCUUGGAACAAUAAGAAAUUACAACUUCUUAAAUCUGGUUUAAGAUAUGAUUACAUUACACUUGUUUUCAUUAAGUUAGGUUUAAAAAGUAAAGCUUGAUGAUGAAUAGUUGAAUUAUAUGUUUUCCUUAUUUGAAUAAAUGUUGAAUUUGAAUGCUUGUAACUUACUAAGUUUGUUUUUAAAAUGUAAUUAACUAUUGUAUUAUA